AUGGACUGUACCACUGAGAGACCAAAAGCCGUUCUGACUCUGCAGCCUGAUGGACCGAUAUUCAGUGGACAGGAAGUCACUUUCACAUGUGAAAUACGAGGACAUGCAGAGAUUGAGUGGAUGUACAACUGGUAUAAAGAUGGUGUCCAAAUAUUCUCCUACACUGAGAACAGUAAAUAUUCAUUCACUGCUGCAGAGUCAAUCAGCGCUAAACUCACCUGCAGUGGACGGAGAAGAAAUGACUCUCAGACCUCAGAGACCAGCAACGCUGUUACACUCACUGUGUCAGAAAAACCCAAACCGACUGUGAGAGUGAAUCCUCAGAGCUCCGUCUACACUGGAGACAGAGUUACUCUGAACUGUAAUCUGCUGUCUAAUGGAUGGACUUUUCUCUGGUACAAAGAUCGAGUCCAAGUAGCUGAAGACACCGACACACUCCAUGAUACAGUCUCUAAUGCAGGAGAAACAGUGUAUCAGUGUAAAGCACGCAGAGGAAAGUACGACUCAGCGCUCAGUGAUCCAGUUACAGUUACAGUUAGAGCGCUCCCAAAACCUGUGGUGUCCAUAAAUCCUGAUGAACAGGUGUACAGAGGAGAGACUGUCACUCUCAGAUGUGACAUACAGGAUGAAGAGGACUCUGACUGGAUCUACAGCUGGAAUAAAGAUCGUUCUUUUGUCAGUAUUGAACAGGAGUACAGAAUCAGUAGUGCUGAAACAUCUCAUGCAGGUAAAUACACCUGUAGAGGAAGAGAGAGAGGAGGCUCACACUCCUCACACACCAGUGAUGCUGUUACACUGACUGUAUCAGAAAAACCUAAACCUGAGCUCACACCAAGUCGUGAAGGAGCUGUACUGAAAGGAAACUCAGUGACUCUGUCCUGUACACUGAAGCUGCAGUCUGCUGGAUGGAAGUUUUACUGGAUCAAACCCACACAGAGUACUGAGACUGAGACUGAAGCUGAAACAGACUACUACACUGAAACAUACAGUGCAGUUAGAAUCUCUGAUGAAGGUCAGUACAGGUGCAGAGCUGGAAGAGGAAACCCAGUCUACUACACACACUACAGUGAUGCACUCUGGGUAAAUGUUACUGAGAGUCCUAAAGCUGUGGUGACCAUAAAGCCUGAUAAACAUGUGUUCAGAGGAGAGACUGUGACUCUCAGAUGUGAAAUACAGGGAGGAGGAGACACUGAGUGGAAAUACAGCUGGUAUAAGAAAUAUAACAUGCCCUACCCAUACCGCAUAACACAGGAGUUCAGCUUCAGCUCAGUUAUAAAUGGUAACAGUGGUGAAUACACCUGCAGAGGGAGGAGAAGCAGUGACUCUCAGAGCUCAGAGAUCAGUGAUGCUGUUACACUCACUGUAUCAGAUGUAGCAGAGGCAGUAGUGAGUGUGUCUCCACUGCGCUGGCUGACUGAAGGAGACUCAGUGACUCUAAGCUGUGAGGUUAAACACUCCUCUACAGGCUGGAUAUUCAGCUGGUACACAGAGGUUCCCUCCAGAGACAGUCAGGGUUCCCUCAGGUACAGUACAGCGCUCCUCUCAGAUAGCAGCAGAGGAUCUGGAGGCUCCUACACUCUCAGUCCUGUUACUGUGAAUCACACAGGAGUUUAUAUGUGCAGCGCAGAGAGAGGAGAACCAGUCUUUCACACACGGCUCAGCAACCUUCAGCCACUGUGCAUCACUGGUGAAUCUCCUCCAGUGUCUCUGAUCAUCAAUCCCAGCAGAAGUCAACACUUUACUGCUGACUCUCUCUCACUGAGCUGUGAGGACCAGAGUGACUCUACUGGAUGGACAGUGAGCGGAUACACACACCGUGAGACAGUGUCUGAUUGUCCUUCAGUUUCAGGAUCUACAUGUAACAUCAGCUUCCUCUCUACAUCACACACUGGAGUUUACUGGUGUCAGUCUGAAUCUGGAGGACGCAGUAAUCCUGUCAACAUCACAGUGCACAAUGGUGAUGUGAUCCUGGACAGUCCUGUCCAUCCUGUGACUGAGGGACAUCCUCUGACUUUACAUUGUUUAUCUCACAACUCAAAGACCUCAGAUUCUGGUGUUGAUUUCUAUAAAGAUGGUUCCAUCCUGCAGAACAAGACUACAGGAGAGAUGACUAUCAGUACUGUCUCAAAGUCAGAUGAAGGUUUCUACCACUGUAAACACCCAGAGAGAGGAGAGUCACCGAAAAGCUGGGUUUCAGUCAGCUUUCAAAACUCAGGGUCUGGAUCCAGUAUUGAUAUAGUAUUUCUGGCUGUGGGACUGAGUUCGGCCUUGCUGUUCAUCAUCCUUUUACUGAUCCUGCUUUGGUGGCACAAAUCCAACAAAGGAAAGGACAAAGACAUACAGCAGAACAGCAAUCAGACACCAGGCCAGAACCCGAGUCAGUCAGGAGCUGAGGAUUCUCAGUCAAGACACACUCCACUUCAGACCGAUGCGCACAUUUAUGCCACGGUGGAGAACGCAAGUAAAAGUGACGCUGCAGCUGAACCCAGUGGGGAUGUUUAUGCACAGGUCAUGAAGAAAAAGGAGUCAUACAAGAAUAAAGAUGAUGAUGCUGGACCCAGUGAUGUGACUUACACUGAGCUUGAACUCAAGCCACAGGAAAAAACGAAGAAAAAUCAAGUGAAGGCCAGUGUAGAGUAUGAAACUGUUUACUCACAGCUGAAGCAGAACACAUUGCUUAUUUCACUUAUCCGAGUCGGACAAGCUCAAGCAGAGAUUAUACCAGUUCUGUCUGUGGAGCCGAAUUCACCACAAAUAUUCAGAGGAGAGACGGUUACACUCACAUGUAGGAUUUCAGGAGGAAAUGGACUGUACUACUGGUACAAAGAUGGUGUUAAUGUUCACAGAUCUGCUGAAAAUUACUACAUUAUAAAAGUAGAUCAGAGUCACAAAUACAGAUGUUACGGGUCUGUUGAUGGAUGGUCAACGACAUGGAGUAAUGAAAUGAUUCUCUCAGUGAUAGAGAGACCAAAAGCCGUUCUGACCCUGCAGCCUGAUGGACCGAUAUUCAGUGGACAGGAAGUCACUUUCACAUGUGAAAUACGAGGACAUGCAGACACUGAGUGUAUGUACAACUGGUAUAAAGAUGGUGUCCAAAUUUCCUCCUCUGUUAAGAACAGUAAAUAUUCAUUCACUGCUGUAGAGCCUCUCAGCGCUACAUACACCUGCAGUCGAUGGAGAAGAAGUGACUCUCAGACCUCAGAGAGCAGCAAUGCUGUUACACUAAAUGUGUCAGAAAAACCUAAACCUGAACUCACAUCAAGUCGUGAAGGAGCUGUACUGAAAGGAAACUCAGUGACUCUGUUCUGUAUACUGAAUCUGCAGUCUACUGGAUGGAAGUUUUACUGGAUCAAACCCACACAGAGCACUGAGACUGAGACUGAAACUGAAAUCCAGUACUACACCAUCAGCUCACGUAGCAUCUCUGAUGGAGGUCAGUACAGGUGCAGAGCAGGAAGAGGAAAUCCAGUCUACUACACACACUACAGUGAUGCACUCUGGGUAAAUGUUACUGAGAGUCCUAAAGCUGUGGUGACCAUAAAGCCUGAUAAACAUGUGUUCAGAGGAGAGACUAUGACUCUCAGAUGUGAAAUACAGGGAGGAGGAGACACUGAGUGGACAUACAGCUGGUAUAAGAAUGAUAAAACAUUCUACCCCACAACACAGGAGUUCAGCUUCAGCUCAGUUAUAAAUGGUAACAGUGGUGAAUACACCUGCAGAGGGAGGAGAAGCAGUGACUCUCAGAGCUCAGAGAUCAGUGAUGCUGUUACACUCACUGUAUCAGAUGUAGCAGAGACAGUAGUGAGUGUGUCUCCACUGCGCUGGCUGACUGAAGGAGACUCAGUGACUCUAAGCUGUGAGGUUAAACACUCCUCUACAGGCUGGACAUUCAGCUGGUACACAGAGAUUCCCUCCAGAGACAGUCAGGGUUCCCUCAGGUACAGUACAGCGCUCCUCUCAGACAGCAGCAGAGGAUCUGGAGGCUCCUACACUCUCAGUCCUGUUACUGUGAAUCACACAGGAGUUUAUAUGUGCAGAGCAGAGAGAGGAGAACCAGUCUUUCACACACGGUUCAGCAACCUACAGCCACUGUGGAUCACUGGUGAAUCUCCUCCAGUGUCUCUGAUCAUCAAUCCCAGCAGAACUCAACACUUUACUGCUGACUCUCUCUCACUGAGCUGUGAGGACCAGAGUGACUCUACUGGAUGGACAGUGAGAAGAUACACACACAGUGAGACAGUGUCUGAUUGUUCAUCAGUUUCAGGAUCUACAUGUAACAUCAGCUUCCUCUCUACAUCACACACUGGAGUUUACUGGUGUCAGUCUGAAUCUGGAGGACGCAGUAAUCCUGUCAACAUCACAGUGCACAAUGGUGAUGUGAUCCUGGACAGUCCUGUCCAUCCUGUGACUGAGGGACAUCCUCUGACUUUACAUUGUUUAUCUCGUAACUCAAAUAUCUCAGCUUCUGGUAUUGAUUUCUAUAAAGAUGGUUCAGUCCUGCAGAAGAAGACUACAGGAGAGAUGACCAUCAGUACUGUGUCAAAGUCAGAUGAAGGUUUCUACCACUGUAAACACCCAGAGAGAGGAGAGUCACCGAAAAGCUGGGUUUCAGUCAGAGACUCAGGGUCUGGAUCCAGUAUUGAUAUAGUAUUUGUGGCUGUGGGACUGAGUUUGGCCUUGCUGUUCAUCAUCCUUUUACUGAUCCUGCUUUCGUGGCACAAAUCCAACAAAGGAAAGGACAGAGACAUACAGCAGAACAGCAAUCAGACACCAGGCCAGAACCCGAGUCAGUCAGGAGCUGAGGAUUCUCAGUCAGGAUACACUCCACUUCAGACCGAUGCGCACAUUUAUGCCACUGUGGAGAAUGCAAGUAAAAGUGACUCUGCAGCUGAACUCAGUGGGGCCGUUUAUGCACAGGUCAUGAAGAAAAAGGAGUUAUACAAGAAUAAAGAUGAUGAUUCUGGAACCAGUGAUGUGAUUUACACUGAGCUUGAACUCAAGCCACAGAAAAAAACAAAGAAAAAUCAACAUAAAGCUAUCCGUAUAUAUUUAUAUAAAUUUCCAUUGAAGGCCAGUGUAGAGUAUGAAACUGUUUACUCACAGCUGAAGCAGAACACAUAGGUGCUGGAGGAGUGAAUACACAACUGAACAGACGAGAGAGAAGAGAGAGAAGUUCAUCAUGUGUGCAGUGACAGUAAAAUCGGAGUAAGAUUGUUUUGAACAGGUUCUUUGCACUUAUUUGGCUUAAAAUGUGUGUGGGGAAUAAGAAUGUGUGUAUGGACAGCAUUAAGAAAUAUUUACAGGGUGUAUUUUAUUGAUUACUUGUGCCACUAUUAGGACUGGUUGUAAAGCAAAAGGGUUUAGUAGUAAUAGUAAGAGUAAUAAGUCAAUGUGACUGAACUUUUAUUCUUGAAAAUGUUUUUUUCACUCAUGUGAGGGGCUUCAUCAUGUCAUCUGUGUGCAGUUCACACCUACAGUACUGAAAGCUGUUAAGAUCACAUACAGAGAUAUACUGAUGUAUUUUCCACCACACGGUACAACCACAAUCUGCAGACUACAGUUAAAAAGAUCAUGUAUCAUUUCAUCAUAACAAAUAUCACUUCAUGGUUUCAUUGUAUUAAGCAAUACUUUAAAUAAAUGCAUGCAGAUAUCACAAACCACAGCAAGAUGAAUAUAUAUCACAAACCCUAAACUGUGUGCACCAAAUGUGUCUGUAAUGUCACACAUCUUCCAGAAACUAUUGUUUUAAUGUAUUUUUAUUGCACUGUAACAGGCCUGUUAGAAAAGUCAUGUGCAUAGAGUGUACAGUUUGAUCUCCAGCAAACGUUUGUACUCAUCUCCAUCCAUGUGGACAUAAGCAGUAUCAGUAUAUGUAAAGUUAGAGGUGCUCAGUA